AUGUGCUGACUACUUUACAACAAAAAAUAUCGUUUACAACGAGUGAUACAUACAUUUAUUAAGAGUAAGUUUUACGUAAAAGAACAAUGUACCAGAUUCUGAAUAACAACCACCAAAGGAGAAAUGAAAGUGUGCCUAUUGUUUUCUUUCUGAACCUUGUACUCUUGGUGGCUGCUGGUUCUUUGAUAGGUGUUGGUACAGGAAUUUUAUCAGACGAAAGCAAAGGCAUCGACAGAUUCACUUCAACAUCACUAGGUGCUUUUGCGUUGACCAUGGGAAUUAUUACCAUUCUUUUGAUUUUACUUGGAGCAUAUACAGACGAACCGACUUUUAGUUGUUUGCGCGUUAUAAUCUUCAUCCUUCUGAUUAUCUUAGGAAGUUUAGCCUUAGCUGCUGUUUCUAACAACGAUGGCGAUGUACACCACGUUGUAAAAAAAGUGUUUGAAGAGUACGUCAACGAUCAGAACGACAACGACAAAAGGAUGGUUGUUGAUACCAUCCAGCAAAAUUUUAAAUGUUGCGGUGUUGAAGGCCCUCACUAUUGGAUUUCGUCUGGUUUUGAAAAGUAUCCUUUUAGUUGUUAUGAAAGCAUCUUCGACAAAAAUACUUUGUACGAAAAUGGAUGUGUGUCUGUUUUUCAGAAAACCAUAAUUCCUAAAAUUAUAGCAGUUGCUGUCAUCUCUAUCACAUGGGGGUUUGUGGAGGUUCUUGUUAUGACGUGGCGUUACCUUAAUGGUAGAGAACAACCAGCAGAAUCGACUAGGUUACUUAGUGAAAGAUUCCAUUAGCUUCUUUGCAUUUUUCAUGCCGUUCAUUAAAGAGUAGUUGUGUUGGUUAUAGAUAAAUGUAUUUAUAAAUAUCUCUUGUUAUAUC